UAGUAGUAGUUGUAGUCUUCCUUCAGGGGGCAGUAAAUAAAAAAAAGGCGCUUCGCUGUAACCAAACAUGAAAGGUCUCUUCCUCUCUUCCUCCCAAGCUGUUUCCAUGGCAAUCAGACAUGGCGCCCGGGAGCCAACCAAUUUUUUCAUCCACUCCUCUCCAGGUCCUCCUUUAUCUGAACAGCUGGUACUUUGCUGCUUUCUACCUGGCAGAGAUUCUGAUGAUGGUUUAUAAAGGGAUUUUGCUGCCCUACCCAUCAGAUAAUUUGGUCCUGGAUGUGGUGCUGCUGCUGCUCUUCCUCGCUCUGGAGACUGUCAGGAUCUUUUAUGGUGGAAAGGGGAACCUGUGCGAGCGCUCUCUAGCCUCGUGUGUGUCGCUCUUCAUGCUGAUUCCCUGUGCAGCGCUGGCUGUUUACUACUUGCUGCUGCAGACCUUCGUCCUGCGUUUUGAGGUCCUCCUCAACACCAUCUUGAUCUGUUUCUACAUCCUUGAGUUCCUACUUGGUCUCCUCUCCAUAUCAGCCUUCUCCAGGUCCUAAGUGUACUGAAGUAGAAACAUCCGUGACCUCACCUUAAAGCAGGAUGGAUCAGCAGUGGAUGGAAAAUGUAAAGAUUUUUUUCAGAUGCCAUGUUGGAGAUAAAACAUUGUCUAUUUUCAUAUUAAAAAAUAAAUCUGUUUAGGAAUUAAUAUUUUUUUCUGUUGGUUUCAUACAAAACCAGUAAUAUGAAUUUUAGUCCUGAAAAUAUGUUCAAUACGAUUAUGAAGUUAAAGUCACACUACCUAAUUUCUACCUCUAGAGGUCUCUCAAUCAAAAUGAGGAAAACAAAAGUCAGUUUGAGGAUGUAGUGAAGCAGCAUGGACAUGUCUGUAACUUAUUUUUACAAAGAUCACCCGGUAAAUGAAACUGAUGAUUAAAGAUACUCUAGUUCCUGUUGACUUCAACAGUUUACAGAGACAUUAGCUAAUAGAAGCUAAUAAAAAGUCUCUCAGGCUGCUGCAGGGAGUAAAGCUGAUGAUAAAAUGUUUCUGUAUGUGACUGCAGGCUUUCAGGAGACAUUGUGCACCUCUGAAUGACUUCAAGGAGUAUUGUGAUGGUGGAUUGUUCUGCUGGAGGCUGUUUGAGUGUAACACUAUCACUAUAGCAGCACAAAUCUUACUGUCUUCUGUUAAAUGAAUAUUUAUAAAAUUAAUAAAAUUGUUCUUUUUGUAGA